GCAGAAUCCCGGGGACGGUUGCUGAGCGGGCCUGGGAUCCCGGUCGCGGCGCCUUCCGCCUGACCGCUCCUAGUCCAUCUGUUGGAUCCCGAACGACCUAAUCUGAGCCCGCGCCGGACGGGCGGGCCGGACUAAGAGAAUUCCCUGAGCUGGUAUCAGGUGCCACAGGCCACCAGGAGGGGACGGACGGACGGAGCUAGGGGCCAACAAGAUGGCGGAUGAAACCUUAGCUGGGCUGGAUGAGGGAGCCCUGCGGAAGCUGUUGGAGGUCACAGUGGAUCUGGCAGAGCGGCGCCGCAUCCGCUCGGCCAUCCGGGAGCUGCAGCGGCAGGAGCUGGAGCGCGAGGAGGAGGCCCUGGCAUCCAAGCGCUUCCGUGCCGAGCGGCAGGACAACAAGGAGAACUGGCUGCACUUUCAGCAGCGGGAGGCUGAGCAGCGGGCUGCUCUGGCACGGCUGGCAGGACGGCUGGAGUCCAUGAGUGACGUGGAGGAGCUGACCACCCUGCUGCGAGGCGCCGCUGAGUACGAGGAACGCAAGCUGAUCCGAGCCGCCAUCCGCCGCAUACGGGCCGAGGAGAUUGAGGCUGCCACCUUGGCUGGAAGGUUGAGCAGCGGGCGUCCCAACAGUGGCUCAAGAGAGGACAGCAAGGGGCGGGCAGUACACAGGCUGGAACGGUGUGAGGUGCCGAAGCCGGAGGAACAGGAGCAGCAGGCAGAGGUCCCAGAGCCAACCCCGACCCCCAACAGCACCAGCCAGGAUGUGACCACAGUGACACUCCUGCUUCGGGUCCCACCUGGGGGCACACCCAGCCCACCUGCCUCAGCCGACAGUUCGCCCACUGCUACCUCUCCUGAGCCUCCACCGGAGCCUGCUGAGGCCCCGUGCCCUGCCCCCAGUGCUCUGGGAAGCCCCGAGCCACCUCCCAGCCCACCCAGGGCCGCCAGCCCUGAGCCCCAGGAGCCUCCAGCCACCCCCGGCACGGAGGGGCAGGUGGUCAACAAGCUCCCGCCUGGCCCCACAGAGCCCCCAGCUGCCCAAGGCCCUACCAAAGGUCCCUCCGACACAGAGAGAGCAGGCCUGGCUGGCCCUCGCCCCUGCCAGCGCUCCCUGUCUGUGCUCAGCCCCCGCCAGCCAGUCCAAAACCGAGAGCCCACCCCUCUUGCCAGCGGACCUUCCCCGUUCCAGCGGGCCGGCUCCGUGCGGGACCGCGUGCGCACGUUCACAUCUGAUUCUCCUACGGCUGCUGGGCUCCGGGAAGGCCCACCGCGGGCAGCCCUCGGUCCCUCGACCCCUGCAAGGCUCCCAGGCCCCUCCCACACCAGCAGCACCCCUGCCUCCUCCUCCAGGGGCCCCUCCUCACGGGGCCCCAGUGACAUCUCCUCCCGGUUCAACAAGGAUCAGCGAGGAAUAGUCCAGCCCCUGGCCCGGCUUCAGAGCUCCCCCCGCGAGGAGGGCCCCAGGGGGCGGGGCUUGGCUGUCAGGCCCCUUGAAAACAGAGCAGGGGGGCCUGUGGCCCGCUCAGAGGAGCCCAGUGCCCCGCUGCCCGUGGCCGUGGGCACCGCUGAGCCAGGGGCCAGUAUGAAGACCACAUUCACCAUCGAGAUCAAGGAUGGCCGGGGCCAGGCCUCCACGGGCCGGGUGCUGCUGCCCACAGGCAACCAGAGGGCAGAGCUGACGCUGGGGCUGCGGGCGCCCCCCACCCUCCUGGGCACCAGCAGUGGGGGCAAGAGCACCAUCACCCACAUCAGCAGCCCCGGGAACCUGGCCCGGCUGGGCAGUGUCACUCACGUCACCAGCCUCAGCCAUGCCUCCCCUGGUGGCCGGGGAGGCUACAGCAUUAAGAUGGAGCCAGAGCCAGCAGAGCCCCCCUCUGCAGCAGUGGAGGUAGCGAAUGGCGCUGAGCAGACCCGAGUGGACAAAGCAGCAGAGAGGCGGAGCCCACUGAGCACUGAGGAGCUGAUGGCCAUUGAGGAUGAGAGUGUCCUGGACAAGAUGCUGGAUCACACUACGGACUUUGAGGAGCGGAAGCUCAUCCGGGCUGCACUACGUGAGCUCCGACAACGGAAGAGAGACCAGCGGGACAAGGAACGGGAACAGCGGCUGCAAGAGGCACGGGCCCGGCCAGGGGAGGGCCGUGGCAACAUGUCUACCAAGACCACCAUGCAACACAGCCAGCAGACAGCCGAUGGCUCAGCUGUCAGCACUGUCACCAAGACCGAGCGGCUCGUCCACUCCAGUGAUGGCACACGGACGGCCCGCACCACCACAGUGGAGUCAAGUUUUGUGAGGCGCUCAGAGAAUGGUGGUGGCAGCACCAUGAUGCAAACUAAGACCUUUUCCUCUUCAUCAUCCAAGAAGAUGGGCAGUAUCUUCGACCGGGAGGAUGAGGCCAGCCCGCGGCCCGGCAGCCUCGCAGCGCUGGAGAAACGCCAGGCGGAGAGGAAGAAAGAGCUGAUGAAGGCGCAGAGCCUCCCCAAGACCUCAGCCUCCCAGGCGCGCAAGGCCAUGAUUGAGAAGCUGGAGAAGGAAGGCGCGGGCGGCAGCCCUGGCGGACCCCGCGCAGCUGUGCAGCGCUCCACCAGCUUCGGCGUCCCCAAUGCCAACAGCAUCAAGCAGAUGUUGCUGGACUGGUGCCGAGCCAAGACGCGUGGCUACGAGCAUGUGGACAUCCAGAACUUCUCCUCAAGUUGGAGUGACGGGAUGGCCUUCUGUGCCUUGGUGCACAACUUCUUCCCUGAAGCCUUCGACUAUGGGCAGCUCAGCCCACAGAACCGGCGCCAGAACUUCGAGGUGGCCUUCUCAUCCGCCGAGACCCAUGCGGACUGCCCGCAGCUCCUGGACACAGAGGACAUGGUGCGGCUUCGAGAGCCUGACUGGAAGUGCGUGUACACGUACAUCCAGGAGUUCUACCGCUGUCUGGUCCAGAAGGGGCUGGUAAAAACCAAAAAGUCCUAACCCCUGCUCGGGGCCCACGAGAGAAGAAAAGACAACGGCCCAGAGGGAAAAAGGGAAUUGCAUGAAGUGAUGUGAAUCAGGGACAGAGAUAGCAGUGCACUCAGAUGCCCCUCAGGGCCUGGAGCCAUUGUGGGGGGCAGCCCACGUGUGCACACACACACUCAGAGAAGCCGCUCAGGUGAGGGGAGGAUGGGCAUGGUGCUGUCUCCAGGUCAUAUAUGGACUUAGGAGCUGCUGCCCAGCAGGCCAGCCUGGAGGGAGAGGGGCCCAGUCCGGCCCUGUUCCAGUUGGAAAGUGUGACUCAGCCGUGCUGUUGCUCGAAUUGCCUGGUGUUUGGCCUGUCACUGAGGCAGCUGGAGCCCUGAGCCGUGAGCCCCGGUGUAAACAAUGGCUUUAUAAGGUCUCCAGGGAAGACACCAGAGGUGGGAGGGAGCUUCACAUUGGGAGAAGCCAGGAUCCCUGGGGAGACAGCCACAGCUGGAAGAAGCUGCAGAGAGAGGCUUCCCCUUCACCAUAGUACAGCUGAAGCAAGCUGGGGCAGAGAUGACCCCAAGGGCACAUAGCACAUCAGCAAGAGAGUCAGAAACCUCUCAUCCUAGGUGCUUCCAAGGACUCAAAUGAGGCAAAGAAUGAAUAUACUAUUGCUGUAAAGAUGGGGAAACUGAGUCGCGGGGCAGGGUUUUCUCUAGCUUCCACAGCUGGCCAGGAGUAGCCUUGACUGAAACAGGUCUGCUUCCCAGGCUUCUUCCUGAAGGAGUCCUGGUGAGCUGAGAGUAGGCCCCAGCCCCUUGCAUGGUUUGAUCUUGAAGGUACAAGAUGGGAGGUAGUCCUGGGCCCUUGGGUGUCUUGGGAACAGGAGCAAUUCCUGCCCUCAUGCCUUCCCUGCCAAAGGAAACUCACUUAACCACAUUGACAGUGCUAACUAUAUGCCAGGCAUGGCACAUGGGAGGAGCAAGGCGGAAGAGAUCUUGCUCUGGGAGAGGAGGGAAAUGGAGCCAGGGAACACACGCUAGCUUUGAGCCCUGGGGCUGUCAGUGACUUAGUAGCUGCAGCCCACUCACCCCAGAGGGGGGAGGGGCCCCAGGCAGGUGCUAGCAUCCAGGGCUGGGGGCCUGGAUCACAUCAGGCCCAGCCCUGUGCCUACUAAGCUGUGGAGCUUCAAACAAACGACUUCUCUGCUCUGUGACUUGGUUUCCCUCUGUGUAAAGUGCAUUUGGCACUCUGGAGGAUGGUCAAAGGGUGGUCCUGCCCCCGAGUGUGAUGUAGAUGGUCCAGUCUGUACUGAUUGGGACUCUCAUUUGCCUCCCCUGCUCUACCCAAGGGGGUAAUAAGGGGUAAAGCACUGUCUCCCAGGCAUACACACAUCCCUCCCUGGCCUCCACCUCACACAGCAGGGAUGUCCCUUGAGGCAGAUGGGGGUUCCCAGGCUGCCCUACUGGGAGGUACCAGAACAGGGAGCUGGCAGAUAAUCAGGGGCCCAGAGGGUCACUGGAGUGGGUCUGGAUGCAGGGAAAGAUUUGAGGCCCCUUGGAUACAACGGCCCAACUGAAAGGCAUGUGCCAGCUGGAGUGUGCCAUUGAGGGUGAGAUGGAGGUGGCCCUCCAGAGAGACGUGGAGGAGUCUGGAGUCAGCACCUCCCCAGGGCUAGGGGUUGAGCCCCCGACCCUGCGCUGGCUCCACUGCGCCUGGGCGUGGGGUUGGGGCAGGGAUCUCUUCUUUCACCUCUGCAUGACUGGCCUUGCUCCCCAAAGGGGUGCCUCCAGGCUUGGGUGGGUGGGGCCUGGGGUUUCUGCCUUCCUAGAAGGCUUUUCCCCCAUUAAGUCGAUCAGGAGUUUAUGGAGGACCAGCAGGCUGCGGCACUGGAAAGACCUCUGGGUAGAGGGUCGCCGCAAGAGGCGGGGCCGGCGCUGACAACCACCCCCGUGCCCCCCCGCCCCUC